AUGUUAUCUACUAAAAAAGAAAAUUUUCUAAUUGUUGAAUUUUCUGAUGGACUGGCGGUUGUACCAAGAACGUGGGUAAACAAUAAUAAAACAUGUUGGUGGCCCAAUUACAGAAAUCAAUUGCGCAUUGAUAAAGCAAAAUCAACGAUGGAAAAGCCUAGUCAAGAAUGGUUAUCAUAUGAUAUCUUGAAAAUUCAUACUCAAGCUAAUAAUUAUCAAGAAGCAUUAGAAAAAUUGAAAUUGGCUGAAGAUUAUUCAGAUGUAGAUCAAUUAAUGGGAAAUUCUGGAAAUUAUAAAAAAACAAGGCACGAUCGUGCUCAUAGACAUAAUUCUUUUGAUUCCAAUGGAGAAGAUUCUGCGGAUUCCGAAGAAAACCAUCGAUAA